GCCGCGGGGGGAGGAGCGCGAAGCCCGAGCGCCGCGCGGCCCCGGCGGAAAGUUUUCCCUGACGGAGUUUUGGCUGUGGCGGCCGGAGCGGCCAUGGACGCGCUCAAGUCCGCUGGGCGGGCGCUGAUCCGGAGCCCCAGCCUCGCCAAGCAGAGCUGGGGGGGCGGCGGCCGGCAUCGGAAGCUGCCGGAGAACUGGACAGACACUCGGGAGACACUGCUCGAGGGAAUGCUCUUCAGCCUCAAGUACCUGGGCAUGACGCUGGUGGAGCAGCCCAAGGGCGAGGAGCUGUCAGCUGCUGCUGUCAAGAGGAUUGUGGCCACGGCCAAGGCCAGCGGGAAGAAGCUGCAGAAAGUGACCCUCAAGGUGUCGCCACGGGGGAUUAUCCUGACCGACAACAUCACCAACCAGCUCAUCGAGAACGUGUCCAUUUACAGGAUCUCCUAUUGCACAGCAGACAAGAUGCACGACAAAGUGUUUGCCUACAUUGCACAGAGCCAGCACAACGAGAAUCUCGAGUGCCAUGCCUUCCUCUGCACCAAGCGGAAAGUGGCCCAGGCUGUCACCCUCACAGUCGCCCAGGCCUUCAAAGUCGCCUUUGAGUUUUGGCAGGUGUCCAAGGAAGAGAAGGAGAAGAGGGAGAAAGCCAGCCAAGAGAGCGGGGACGUCCUAGGCGGGGGCCUCCGAGACAGCACCCCGUCUUUGAAGAGCUUGGUUGCCACUGGGAACCUGCUGGACUUGGAAGAGACGGCCAAGGCCCCGCUGUCCACAGUCAGCGCUAAUACCACUAACGUGGACGAGGCACCGAGGCCUCAAGGCUUGAACAAUAGCAGUGUUGUCUGGGAGCUGGAUGAUGGCCUGGAUGAAGCAUUUUCGAGGCUGGCGCACUCUCGGACGAACCCUCAGGUCCUGGACACUGGGUUGACAGCACAGGACAUCCGUUACGCCGAGUGCCACUCACCUGUCGACUGGGACAAGCCCGAAGGCCGCGGUGCAGAGCAGGAUGACCUCUUCAGCUUCUGAGGGCCCUGGUGCUGGCGGGACACGUGACAGACCAAAGCCACUUGUGACGGCGUGGGGCCGGCACCGGGACCCCUGGACCUCUUCUGCUGGGUGGCAGCGCUGUCAGCCUGCGAGUCACAGCUGUCUCCAGUCAAGCAGGGGGGAAGGAGGACAUUUUUUUUUUUGGCUCUGCUGUUUCUGUAAGAACUGAAGGAUGCCUUGAAUAUUUAUUCAGUGACUCCUGGUUCAACUCAGAAGCCAGUUUUGCGUCCGGCACGAGCACAGUAUUUUAACCAGCUUUCUGCCCUCUCUCGAGCCAGCUCUCUCUGCUGUGGGUGUCAGGACGGUGACCAAAGCAUUUCUUGUCCCUUCUCCCUUUCUAAGGACCCAGAUUUCCCGGGCGGUGCCCCCACUCCUUACCGAGCACAGGAGGGCCCCAUAGCCUCAGGAGAGCGCUGCGUCCUCAAGUGUGCCUUCGGCCGGGGCCCAGCAGGCCUGCGCCCCCGCCUCGGGCUCCCCAACGGAGGGGCUGCCCCCGACCAAAGACGGUGCGCAGCUGGCACUUUAAAGCACACACAGCAGGUGUAACCCUCAGGGGCUCCUCCACAGUGCUGUACUGCAGGGAGCUUUCUGUCUGCCCUGCCACAAGAAGGCCCGAAGUCCCCGUGAGUAGGCCCCAUCGGUGCUGGGAACCAGUGUAAUUGGCUGCCCACGGGUCCCAAGAGAGACUGCAACAGUGGGGAUCAUCUGUGACUGCCCUCAGUCGGGGUCCCCCACCGUGCUCUUCUCCCCGAGUUGGACGGGCACAUGCCCACUCUUCCCGUUGCAUCCGCAUGGGGUCUCAGCUCCAACUCCCCACGCCUCCGGGGACAACGUGUGGCACCAAGACUUGGUCGGGACUGGACUGCUUUGUUGCCAUUUUACAGAGGAGGAGACAGGCCCCGAGUGUGGAAGGGGUAGAGUGCAGAGUAGAAGUAGAUCUGAUGCCAAAGUUGCCUCACUCUUGCCUCUCCCGGCUCACACCUCCCUUCUUUCUGGCUUUGUUGUCCUCCCAGGAACCAAAAACCCCAGCUAUUUUCUGACCAAAACGUGUUUCAUAACAAACCAUCUGGUGCCUUUCCACACACAACUGGCUUGAGCCUCCUGCCCUGCUAGCUGUCUGGCUGCCGAUUUCCGUGGAAAUGAAGUGUCGAUGCUAAUUGGGAGGGUGAAACCAAACCACACUCUGAAGCAUCACGCUCUUCUUUCCUGGCUCUUGCCCCUGGGUCAGGUCGGGGCGUGGUGGUGGCUGUCUGUCCUCAGUCUCCUGUUCUUCUCCCACUUUACCCCCCGGGGCUCCCAGCAAAGCGGCAUCUCCACCUGGAGGUGCCUCCUGGGCUUGACUUUACUGAGCUCAAGUCACUGAUGCUUGCAGGUUGCACCAGCGGGGGAAAAACACGCCAUUUCUCAGAAUCUACUUCUCCAAGCACUUGAAUCGGUGCACAGAGACAGAAGUGCCUGGCCGAGGAGUGGGGGGCGGGAUUCGUAGAGUCUUUACCAGACACGGGAAUCUGUUCCUUUCCUUGCCCUGCUCCUGCACCUUGCCGCCCACCCCAGACCUUGGUGUGGGCCCGUGGAUUUGUUGUGAGGCAACAAUGGGUGGGCCCGACGCCAGCUGUCCCUGGCACCAGGGUCCAGAAGCCCCGAGAGGCCGUGCUGUGUGUGUGUGUGUGUGUGUGUGUGUGUGUGUGUGAGAAAGAGAAAGACCAAGAAUGGGACUUGCCUUCCUGUGGGUCCCUGGCUGACAAGCUGUCCGUGUGCCCCCAUGUGUCUGCAGAUGAGUCUUGUGCUUUGCUUUGUGUUGCUGUAAAAGACGUUCUCAUGAGGAAAAGAUGGAGUAAUAAAGGUUCUCUUUUUGAACCACAAA